GGUAUAAACCAUGGGACAGUGGGUUUUCUGUUGUUGUGAAGCCCUCUGUCCUGGCGGCCUGCAACCCCUCCACUCACACUUUCUUUCUUUCUCCUCCUUCCACUCACUCACUCUCCCUCCAGAGUGGGACUCUUCCUCGACAGAUUCCUGUCAGGUCUGUAGCAUCCGUCUUUUGGGAGCUCCCUAGAAGCCAGAAACCAUGCUGACGUUUUUGGCGCUGGCGUCGGUUGUCCUCCUGGGAAUAGUGCCUGAGCAGUCCCAGGCCAUUAUGAUUUACACCGGCUGGGAGCGCCACGCCCUGGUGGGCGGCGACGUCCGGCUGUCCUGUUCCUUCUUCUCCUGGCGCUGGACCUCGGAGGAAGUCACCUUCUCCUGGACAUACAGGCCUGAUGGCGCCCGGGACAGCAUCUCUAUCUUCCACUACACUGGUGGUGUGGCCUAUGUGGACAACAAAGGCCCAUUCAGGGACCGGUUGGAGUUUGUGGGGAACCCGGGCCGCCGCGACGGCUCCAUCCUGAUCAAGAACCUGGACUACAAUGACAACGGCACCUUCACCUGCGACGCCAAGAACCCCCCUGACAUAGUGGGCCGGCCCUCCAGCGUGCGGCUGCUCGUCUUUGAGAAGGUGCCCAUCCAGGCUGGCGUGAUCACAGGCGCCAUCAUCGGGGUGGUGCUGGGCCUGCUAGUACUCAUCGUGGUCAUCUACUACCUAAUGAGGUUCCUGGUGGCGCGCCGCGUCUUCAGCCUCAGUGUCAGCAAACAUGGCAAGAAAAAGAAAGAGGGAUCACAGCAGAGACAGGGCCCCGUGCCUGCCGCCGACCCCUCGAAGGUGAAGGCGGCUGCCUCCGAAAAGAAGAAGCAGGAGUCACGCAAGGAUAAGAAAUAGGAUACGGGGAUGGGCUGGGGCGGGCUCGCAAGCCGGCUGCUCCAGCCCGUACGCCUGGCGGUGGCCAAGGCCCAGCCCAAGCAUCAGCAGCGAACCGUAGCCAGAAAGACGGAGAGGGUUGUGGGAGGAGGAGGAGGGGAGGCGGGCCCGGGCCGGGUGCUGAUGACCAUCGAUCUGGAGCUGACCCGCAAAAAUGGGGAGGAGAGGCCUGGCGGCGAGGGAGGGAUGGGGAGCUCCAAAGCGCUUGGCUUCCUCUCCCACAUCGCCGACCAGCUCACCUUCACAAAAUAAACCGAUAGGGAGGCGGGGGAGGCCAAGGGGGGGACGGAGCUGUGGAGGAUAAGAGAGUGGGCAGUCUACUGAGGAGACAGCAGGAGAGCUCAACCACAAACCUGCUUCACACCCACCAACGCCAACCUGAGUCCCUGAAUAAAUGAGUCAAAUCAUAUCUGCUCUUGUCACAGGCUGAUGACUGUAGACACAGCUAUACAGGGCCCAGAUCUUAAGAUGUCAUGAUAAUACACCAGCCGGCACCCCGAGUACUUUUUGUCAGGUCAUAAGAUAUGCCAUAUGAAGCGAGACCCUAAGACGGCUGGGUUUGAUAACAAAAUCUAAGAAGCUGCUCCCUGGGUUUUUUGCCUUUUCUGGUUUCUUCCAUUGUGAUCCUAUCCACCGAAAAAAGCUUUCUCCAAAUGCGUCGGAUACGCAUCACGAAUUCCAAGCUGCAGGGACAAGCCAAUUUGCUUUUUUUCCCCGGAGGCGACGUGUCAAACUCCAACUUCCUCCCCUCACUCUGAUCUUCAUUCUUUUUUCAUCUCCAAUCCCAUUUCUUCCUCUUUUACUGUGAAUUUUCUGACUUUUCGUGUUAAUUCAAAUUACAAAGUGAUUUAUAUGCUAACUGCUCUAUCCUGUUUCUCUUCCUCUCUCUCACUUCCCUUCCCUCUUUUCCUCCUUUUCUUUCUCCUGUAGAUAAAGGUCUGACUUCUCCAUGACUGCCUCCACUCCUCUAGUCUGCUCCCUCCUUUUCUGCCCAGCCUGAUGCAACCCCCAUUAUUUCCCAUUAUCUCUACUCUUUCAAGACAGCACUGGCUGUAAGAAUAGUCCUACUAUAUCAGUGGCAACUGUGUCAAAUAAUUUUUUACAAUGGCUGAUUGGAGAACCUGUAUGCACUCAUUGGGCAAACUGUAAAACAGUUUAAGGCCUAACAACGCACAUAACUUUCUUAAGAGAAACCCGAAAAGACAUCCCUCUGUGUUUAGAGUCUCAUGAAUCUUCCCCCUUAAUGUUUACGACUCAAUCGCACACACACACAUACACACACACACACACACACACUGAGCGGAGCUGCGAGUGCACUCUGGACUUCAGAUAGAGAAAAAGAGAGACGGAGAGGAGUGUGAUAGUGGGAGAGAAAUAUGAUUCCUGCUCUCAGCCGAGCGUAGAUAGAGGUUCAAGCCCUCGAGCUCGGGGUGAUUCAAUCCUUUCAACAUUUGAGCUAAUGGAGGUUGUCGCCGUGUCCCUGCCCGGGCUAAAGGGGGCUAUUUCUGGCCCUAUAAGAGCAUGCAGGCUUACUGUAACAGCUGCACAUUUUUUAGCUAACAGGGGGGUGGGGGUGGUGUGAGAAAAAGAAAGAGGUGAGCAGGCUGGGUAGGUUGGGGGGGGGGGUCCUUUUUGUGCCUGAGUGCAUGAGGCUGUCCGCUGUUGACCCGAUGGCCAGCGACUGACAACCUGGAAUGACGUCACAGCGUGUAGGGCUGGCGGACGCUCUCAGGGGUCUGACAAAAGGGCUUUACAGGAAGAGGUGCAACUUCUGUGCUCUCCGAGUUAUUUUAGGUCCAGUUAAUCCGCUCGCACGUUUUUCCCCUCGCCAACCCAGGGCUAAUUAUUUUAGUGCAUACUGGUAACGAGAUCUCUCUCUCCAUCUUCCUCUCCCUCCUCGCCUCCUGUGCUGUCUUCACUGCUUUGUUAGUCAUCUCUGCUCGCAUCUUGGGAUUCACCUCCUUUCCUCCAAAACCCCUGUUUGAUUCUCUCUGUCCUUACGUCUUAGGCUUCCUUUAUCUCUUCCUCUUCCUGUCGUCUUGCGACUCUGCGCUGCAUUAUUCCCCCACAGAAAAGGCCUAUACACAAUCCACUCCACUCUUUAAGCCUCUCCUUAUCUGACUGCCAGGCCCACAGCUCAAUGCUCUGCUCCUCUCUCUUCUGUCCUUCCUUCCUUCCUUCCUCCUCCUCGUCCUUCUUCUUCUCCUUUUCAAAUUUGAUGACGGACAUAUCUGUCUCCCUUCCCUCCGGCUUGAUCAAUGAACACCCUCUCGCCUGCCCUUCAAAAUGCCACCUCCCCCAUAGGCAUGUCCCCGCCAGCCCGCCUUCCCUCUCUUCCUCCAACCCUUUACUGUGUUUCUGCCGGUUCCAAUGCUAAAAAUGCUCUCCUCUGCCCCUUAAUGGCAAAGAGCGGAAACACACGGGCAGAAAUCCGCCUUUGGUUCUCACUGAAGACGCCAAACAGAAACUUAUAAUCUAGCUAGCUCUCUUCUGGUCGCAAAUACGACGUGUGUUUUAUGUAUAUGUGUGUCUAGUUAAAAAAUGAGAUUUGCUCUAAAGCAAACAAAACAACAGUAUGUCACCCUAAGUAAAGAAAAUAAGACAUUUAUUACAUGUGUACAAAGAAACAUAUGGAGAACACGUUUAUCGAGGCAGGGAAGAAAUGUAAUGCUAUCUGAUGGAAUAUGUCAUUAUAUUUCUGACCUUGUGUGUUAUGGAAGGUACUGUGUGGCUGUCUCUAGUGUACGUUUUAUUCCGAGACGAAGGGUAAAUCAAGGUUUUUGUGCGGCGUCAGAGAGAAUAUUAGGGGUGGAUAAGGGUUCAGUUAUCCUCGGAUUCAGUGAGCUGUGGCUGGGGAGAAAAAAAAGGAGAGGAAGGUACUUGCUGUGGACGAAAGCUUCGGAGGAAGAGACUUAUCUGCCAAAAAUCCAUAUGUAUCACCACAAAUGGUCUGCUCUUCCCCCAGAGCCUUCUUUUAAAAGGUGCUUCUUCCCCAACCCUGUGCCAAAGAUGGAUUGCGAUCUGUGUGCUUGACAUGCAGGGUGGAUAGUGUAGACUUGAAUGUUCCUUUAAAAUUCAUAAUGGCAAUGGAGGUGCUAAAAUCCACUUAUUUAUAACUGGAGAUCUAUUUCACUCGUCGCUGUUUAACUAUCCAGUCACAUGGAUUAGUUAGAAUGUUUUCUUCUUUUUCAGCAAAGCCACACAGACACCUGACAUAAGACAAACAGCAUUAAAAUUGCCUUUUAAAAAUGUUUUAUAUGUAUUAUGAACUGUAUUAGUCAUAGUUGCACAAUAACAUUCCUUUAUUGGAAAUGACUGGAGCUUCUUACAUUUUUUUUUUACAUUUAUUUUAAUGCUUGUGAUAAUUCCAGAGCACUAACAUCUUUUGAUGACUCUGUAUAAUAUGUUGUAAAGAGUACGUAAAUAAAAAUUAAAGCCCCAAGCGCGGCUGCUGUCAACAGAAGACAAAGUAAACCCAGCUGAAAAAUG